AUGGAUCACAUAUCAACACUCUGUGCAUUAAGCACUCUCGGAAUAGCUCCUACCGGCUUCGCGCUCGGUCGCGCAGAACGGACACAGAGGCCCAGUCUCUUUCGGCGCAAGACUCUCGCUCAAGAUAGCUCUCGGCCGCUCCCUAACAACACCGAAAAGACGGCAGAUAUUGCCCGGCCCAAGACCGCUAUCCCAUCUCGAAGUCCGGCUGCCGAGUGGCUUGCCGCAAAGGAAGAGGAAAGCUCACAGGGAAACCAGGGAACGGAUCUGCCAAAAGCGCCAUUGUCAUUCAGUGGUGCGAGACGUCGCCGUCGGGGUCAAACCCUCACAAACCCACCCCUGCGAAUUCCAGAACAUGAGUCGACGGACUCCUCGGUCGAAUCACACGUCCGCCGGCCAUCCAACGGUUGGCUGCGGCGGCUGUCGAUGGCCUCGUUCCAACCAGAAAGCCCGACCGCAAGCAGUCCAGUGGCGCCGUCCUUCAAUGGCUCAGCAAGUCCAAUCUUUCCUCACUCGCCCCGACAACGAAGACAGCCGAAUAAAUUAGUCAAGCGCCCGGUCUCACAGCAUACAAGCACUCACCCUCUUGGCACAACCACUAUCUCUGGACCGUCACCGGCGGUGCUGCGCAGGCCUGCCACUAGUCACCAGAGAUCGGAGUCGAUGAUCCUCCGGACCCCCUUAACACCUGAUUUCGAUGCGUAUUUUCCAAAGGCUUCUACCGAAGGUCCAGCCAUUGACGAAUUCGAGCUCGAUAAGCAGAAGCAUUGGGCGCCGUUCUUUUCCCCUAAGGCUGGCAAAUUAGCAGAGAGACUUUCGCGCAGAUUCUCGACCGCCACCGCCCCAAAGGUUCAGAGUAUACGCCAGGUUGGGUUUGACCAACGCGCUCUUCCUGCGUUGGUUAAGGCUAAUGUGAUUUCCACAGCUGGGACGCGUGAAGACAGAUUGGUACCUCAUACGCCAAUUGAAUUUAGCAAUCCGUUCCAACCGGCCCUCUCCGAGCCUGCUCCCAAACAGCCAGCUAUCGCGCAAGAGGAACCAGUGACAUCCAGCCAUAAACAGUCAUACUCGGUCAACGAUGUGGAGCCGAAAGUCAUCAUGGCAAACACAGUUACCGCGCACGGAACACCGAUUAUGGGACUCGUUCGCGGAGGCUCUCUAAAGCGAGUGAAGGGGAGGACCUUCUCAGUUCCUCCUUCUGAACUCUCCACCGAAGAACGGGAUGUCAUUAUUCCGAGUUCCUUGGGGGCCGAGCCACGGCGCAACAUUACUGAUCCAAGCGUGUUUCGCGCUCCGUACCCCAUUUCCCAGUCUGGUUGGGCGGAUUCGGCUUUGGAACGACGGUCCCAAGUUGGUCCCCGAUCGGUAUCGCAGGACUAUAGCGUUGGCUUGGGAUCCCGGGCCGGUUCACGGCAGAUGACCUCCGAUGCAGUCGCCCUGUCGGCCUGGCAGCAGGCAUCUCGCCCGGGUGGCCGGGCCCACGGUUCUCUUCGUCGCCGGCCCAAGGGAUUCUCGAUUUCAGGUUCAGAUCCUGCCUCCACCAUCAUUGGUUCCGAUGACACACGGGUGUUUACAUCGUGCGAUGGAUAUGAGACCGAUCUGAUGUCGGACUAUUGGGACUCUGUUCGCACACGUGAGACCAAUCGCAGUGGACUCAAAGGGCUGCGCAUUGAAACUAUGUUUGACAAAGCAGGUGCGAGCUUGAUGAAUGAAGAAGCCACGACCUUGGAGUCUUUGCUCCCGCGGGGUUCCUUCGCCGCUCGAUCUUUGGACAAAGAUCCCCAAUUGUUUACUGAUCCGCUUCUGUCCUCUCCUUCGGUUCCAACAUCCAAGGUUGAAAAUCCGUUCCAUGCUGAUGUGGCUGACGACGAUGCUCUCAGCAUGAUUGGAGCGCUUCCUGGCGAUGAUCGUGAUUGCUUUUCUUCUUCCUUGACGCAUUCGUUGGCCAAAUUUACUGAACAGCCCGAAUCACGUCUCGAUUCGCCUAAGGAUAUGACUGGAUCGUUUGUGGGCGAGCUGGAUUGGGAUCUCAAUAAAAAGACAAAUAUCUUUGAUUGGUCGGAACAAGCUCACCCUCACCGCGAGUCUUCAGACACUGAGACGCGUCCGAGGACCAUGCAUGGGAAGCAAGCGGGUGGUGUCGAUAGGAAUAGUCGAGCUGUUUGCCGGAAAGCACCAUCGACCGUCCAUCUUCGGAGCCAGAGCGUGCCAGUUGCUAGUGAACUUCCCAUCAAUGAAUCGCGUCAAACUUCUGGGAAGUUCGGUACUUGGGGCUUAGGCAGUAAGGGUGUCAGCGAAGAUUGGGAUAGCGAUUUCGACUUCGACGAGUCGGAGGACACACCUAUUGCCGAAAACAAACCACAUGUUGAGCCUGAUCUCAAUCGCCAGAGCAUGACUGUUCCCAAGGCCAUUCUAGAGCGUCAAGCUAGUCUUCGUGGUCAAUUUGGCCAGGUUCAAGAAUUAACCCUGCUCGUGGAGGAAUUGAAACGUCUUCGCCAUCAAGCAAAUGUCCUAGGUGUUGUCAACGGACCUUCUAGCGAACUAUGGGCAGAAGCAGAGCAGAUCGUGAACCUUGCUACUAUUGACGAUGAAGAGGAGCGUCGCUCGCCGCCAGGAUCUCCAUCAUCUCUCACUUUCAGUUUUGAUGAAUCCGACGAUGACUGUCAAAAUGCGUCACAACGCAACAGUGAACUUUCAUGGGAGAUGCCCCGUGAAAAGGUUGAAUCCGCGUUGCCCCUCGCCCAGCUUGCAAAGGAUUCCCCAAAGUCCAAAUCUGUACUUGAUAUCCUCCAGGCUGGUCGUGAUCAACAAAAACCUUCGUCUCUUAAUGAGUUAGAAUUAGCAUCACGUGCAAAGAAACUUCCAUUUGAUACCUCCUCGCUGAAGAAUUUGGUUGCUCGUGCGGGUGUGGUGACACGUGCGUUGAAGGAAGUUGUUCGCAAAGCAGACGGGGUAGCAACCAGUCCCCAGGACUACCCUCAAGACCCGCCAUUCCGACGCAUUUUCGACAAACCAUCACAUGAUGAUAUUGCCAGUUUUGAAGCAGCACUGGCUGACAUGUCCUAA